GUUCAGAUAUCCGCGCCCUUUUAUCAUUAUACAAUCCGCAAGUGUCUUCUCCAUUGCUUCUCCAUUUUGUGUUCACGUCGGCGUUUGUCUUUUCCAGUCACUGCUGCUUUCAUUUGGAGCCUGUUCAACAUUAGUUCACAUUGCGCUGAAGACAAUGGCCACGGAGAAGUGUUUUGCCAAAGGUUGAGCGGGACAUAUCCCAUUGAAAAUCCUAGGCUCAUAGAGCCAGAUUGUAUUGUAUUGCAUUUGUAUUGGUUGUUUUGUUGUUUUGUUCAGGCUGCUUGUUGCUGUUUACAGACUGAACCACUACAUUGUAAAUGUAAAAGCCAAUUUUAUGAUAUUGCUGUCAUCAUGCACCUUGAAAACCUUUUCAUCGUUCAUGACAUGAAGUGCAGGUCAACUCUACAGCAGCCCCGAGUGGUCAUUUGUGUGAAAUGUAACAUUACAUCACCAUUUGUGACUCCCACUAGAACUAUUUUACAUUUUUCAAUAAUGAGUAAUAUUUAUUUGUUUUUGCCUUACACGUGUGUAUUUAUUUUUUACAUUUUCUUCCAGGAAGUGCUCCCCCUGGUCCUGUGCCUAAAGGCCACAUUAGACUGUUCAGCAUGAGGUUCUGCCCAUUUGCCCAAAGGACAAGGCUGGUGCUCAAUGCCAAGGGGAUUAAGCACGAAACUAUUAACAUCCACCUGAAGGAAAAACCAGACUGGUUUUUGGAGAAAAACCCUCUUGGACUUGUGCCUACUCUUGAGACCGAGGCUGGUGAGGUAGUGUACGAGUCUCCCAUCACCUGUGACUACCUGGAUGAGGUCUACCCCCAGAAGAAACUGCUUCCUUCAACUCCUUUUGGAAAGGCUCAGCAGAAGAUGAUGCUGGAGCAUUUUUCCAAGGUGACUCCUUAUUUCUACAAAAUCACUCUGGCAAAGAAGGAUGGUGAGGAUAUCUCUGGGCUGGUUACUGAACUGAAAGCAAAGUUUGUUAAACUCAAUGAGGAUCUGAUUAAAAAGAAGACCAAAUUCUUUGGUGGUGAUUCCAUUACAAUGAUUGAUUAUAUGAUGUGGCCGUGGUUUGAAAGACUUGAGGCAUAUGAACUCCAACAUCUUCUGGACAGCACUCCUGAACUAAAAAAGUGGUAUGGGCUUAUGCAAGAGGAUCCUGCUGUCAAAGCUUCAUCAUACAGCACAGAUACUUACAAAGCUUUUUUAAAGACUGCUUACUUUGAUGGCAAACCAGACUAUGACUAUGGUCUGUAAACACUGUGCUCUCCUUGAAAACCUGUCCAUUUCUAUCAUUGUUUUUUACAACAAGAUGCACUUAACUUCAGUCAUUUUGAAUUAAAAAAAAAAGUAAAC